AUUCCGUUGUACGUAGAUUAACAGCCGUGGCCCCGGCUCGGCUCGCCACUCGCACGCGAACGUAAAGCGCUAUGACUAGUGAGUAUUAUAUUCUUUGGCUAUGACACAAAUACUAUAACUUCCACGCCGCGCACCUGGCAACACAGCCAUCGUGCCAUCCCCAGCAUUCCCCACCCCCAUUCAUUCAUUCAUUUCCGGUUACGCGAAGCGACACGUGCUAGUGGAGUGCUACUUAUAAAAUAAAUAGUGCUUUAUUGUGAUUAAAAAAUGGUGGGGUCAAGGGUUUACGUCGGCGGUCUGCCGUUCGGUGUCAGGGACAGAGACUUGGAGAAGUUUUUCAAGGGAUUUGGGAGGAUCAGGGACAUACUUAUCAAAAAUGGUUAUGGUUUUGUGGAAUUUGAAGAUUACAGAGAUGCAGAUGAUGCUGUCUAUGAACUCAAUGGCAAGGAUUUACUAGGAGAAAGGGUGACGGUGGAGCGCGCGCGAGGCAUGCCGCGCGGCUCGGACCGCUGGCGCAGCCGCGACCAGCCGCCGCCGCGCCGCGCGCCGCCGCCCCCGCACCCGCCGCGUCGGGACGCGUCUGUAUUACACGCACGAAAGAACCAAGAUGACAAUUACAGAUAUGGGCCGCCAACGAGGACGGAGUACCGGCUUGUCGUCGAAAAUCUGUCUAGCCGCAUUAGCUGGCAGGACCUGAAGGAUUACAUGCGUCAAGCUGGAGAAGUAACUUAUGCUGACGCGCACAAGCAACACAGAAAUGAGGGCGUGGUGGAGUUCGCGACGCACUCUGAUAUGCGCGCCGCCAUCGAGAAGCUGGACAACACUGAGCUGAAUGGGCGCCGCAUCCGACUGGUGGAGGACCGGCGUUCUUCGCGGCGCCGCACGCGCUCGUCGUCCAGCCGCAGUCGCAGCCGCUCGCGCGCGCGCCGCAGCCGAAGCCGCUCCAGGGCCGGCCGCAGCCGUUCGCGCUCCAAGUCCAAGGGCAAGAGCAAGAGCCCUGCUGCAAAGUCCCGUUCUAGAUCCCGUUCCAAGGAUCGCAGCCGCUCGAAGUCGCGCUCGGGCUCGCCGCGCCGCGCCGACCGCCGCUCCGGCUCGCGCGGCUCCGACCGCAAGUCCGAGGACCGCAACGGGCACCGCUCCAAGUCCAGGUCGCCCGCCAAAUCCAAAAAAACCGAGGCGAAGCCAGCAAGGGAAAGAUCUCGAUCCCGCAGCAAGGAGGCGGGUUCUCCCAAGAGAGAAGAGCGCGAGGAGCGUCGCGUAAGCAAGUCUCGGUCGCGGUCCCGCUCUCGCUCCCGGUCCGCGUCGCGCGGCCGUUCCCGCUCCCGCUCCGGCGACCGCUCUGCGUCUCGCUCCCGCUCGCGCUCACGCUCGCCGCGCCAGAACGGCGACGCGCCCGACGACCGAUCUCCGCGCUCCGGCGAUUAGACAUAGACAUAUUGUAAGAUCAUCUUUAGUGCUAUACUGACUUGAUUAUGUUGUGUUAUUAAGGUCUCAAAUACCUAUAUAUGGGUUUUCGAAUGCGAUAGCGUUAAUAGCCCUAUAUAUAAUACAUCCUUCUCGCACUUACUUAUUUGUUUGAUAAAUUGGUAGUAUAAUUCGUCUAGAGGGCUGUAUGCUUUUAUGUUUUCCCCAAGUGUAAAUCAUUUUUGACUCGGGUUUAAUUUUAGCAGGUUCGGUAUAGUAUUUUAGAUACUAAUUUUAAGCUAUUUUAUAGUUGUGAUUUAAUUCACCCAAAGUAAGACCGCUCACACAUGGCAUUGUAUUGCCAAGUUCUUUUUCAGUAAUCAUCAUAAAAAUUGUUGCUUAUUCGAAACAAAUGCUAUAUAUCGAACCUCUUUUACUACGCGGUUGAGUGGAACCUUAGUUAUUCACAGUAGAGUUUAAAAAUAAUGUGUAGUUUUCGGUCAAGUGUAGAGGUAGAAACAAAUUGUCUACCAAAUAUAUGAAACUCAAAUACCAAUUUUCUCUUGCUCGUCAUUAUUAUAUUACAGCAGAAAUUAGUCUUAGCAUAAACUUUUAAUUUAUACUAUCGUCACUAUUCUGAUAUUUAGUUUCUACUUUUUGGGCUAGUGAACAAUUGUAUACAUAUUAAUGUUGCGUUAUUUGACGAGACAAAAGACACUAUCAAUUUAUUUCUGUGAAAAUGAAUUAGCACUACACUUUCGUGCAUUAUAAACGUACAAUAAUAUUAUUGUUAAAUGAGUAUUGUGUAAGGGAAUUUUAAUUAUAAUUUGUAACAGGUUUUGACACGGCUUCAAAGUACAUUGUUACCUGACCGACAGGUAGGCAAUCUGAGGCAAUUCUAUUCGAUAGGCUUAUAUAGUAUUUUGUAAAUAUCUAAUUUUAUUACUAGCUAGAGUGAGAUUCCACCGUACGUUUAUGCACCUAUGUGUUUCAAUCUUGUUAUAUUUCGUGUAUAAGUUGAUGUGGAAACGUAUCUGAAAAUCUGUGUCAUACGUUGUCCUAGCUAGAAAGGAGCAAAUGGGUUCAAAAGUUUGUGGGAUCUCCGACUAUUAAGAAUAAAUUACAAUACGAA